AUGUCAUUACCAAAUGCUUCGAUCAAAGUAACACACUUUAUUAUAGGUGGAUUUGACACAGUUAAAAGACCUAUUGCUGUUGGUGUGGUUAUGCUGAUAACCUAUCUACUUGCUGUUAUUGCCAAUGUGCUAAAUAUUCUCUUCAUCAUUUUUGACAAGAGAUUGCAUAAACCAAUGUAUAUUCUGAUUUGUAACCUUGCUGUUGUUGAUAUACUGUACUGCUGCAGUACCACUCCCACAAUGAUUGGGGUUCUACUUGCUGCUACGCUUCCUUACUGUACCUCAAGGAUGAAGUACGCUUUCUGUGACUAUGCUGCUGUAAUACGUACCACUUGUGUUGAUCCUAAUUACUAUUUCAAUUUAGUCUCAGUCAUGAUGUUUUUUCUUUUAUUUUUCACUUUUUCUUUCAUUGGCCUUUCAUAUUUUGUGAUUGCAUUCUUAAUGAAAUUUUCAUCAAAUAGAGAUAAAAAGAAAAUGGCAAGCACCUGUGUGAGUCACUUGAUUGUAGUAACAUGUUAUUAUUCUCCUUUAUUUGUUCUCAUUGUCUUCACCAGAGUGGGUGUGGUAUUAACACUUGAGGAAUGUCAGGGUUUAUUGAUUGGGACCAUCCUUAGUCCAUCUCUUGUAAAUCCUGUUGUGUACUGUUUCAGGACAAAGGAAAUUAAAAAUAAGAUCUUUAAGAUAUUCACAAAAAAGGCUGACAUACUCAACUAG